CUGAACACAAUAUGGGUCAUCCAGAUGAGAACAUUUAUCCUACUGCCACCGGACGUGCGGCGGAGACAGUGGAGCAGCACCAGGAGCCGCAAGACUUGGUAUUUUGGGCCGGCUGGUUCUGCCCCUUCGUCCAGCGGGUGUGGAUUGUGCUCGAAGAGAAGAACAUACCAUAUCAGUACAAGGAGGUUAACCCGUACAAGAAGGAACAACACUUCCUCGAUAUCAAUCCCAAGGGCCUCGUUCCCGCUAUAGAGUACAAAGGCCGGGCCCUCUAUGAAUCACUCGUGAUCUGCGAAUUCCUCGAGGACGCGUACCCGAGUCGCGCGCCCCACUUGCUCCCGCAGGACCCCUUCGACCGGGCAUACGUGCGUCUCUGGGUAGACCACGUCUCGAAGUCGAUCAUCCCGGCGUUCCACCGCGUGCUGCAGGCGCAGGAGCCCGAGAAGCAGAAGCAGUUCCUCGAGGAGUACUAUGUCACGUUGCGCGCGGUGGCAGAUAAGGUCAAGGGCCCGUACUUCCUCGGCGAGCAUUUCAGUCUCGUGGACGUCGUGGUAGCACCGUGGGUUAUCCGCGACUACAUCCUCAAGGAGCACCGCGGGUACACGCGCGAGGGCGUAAGUCCGAAAUGGAAAGACUAUGUGGAGCAAUUGAUAAAUCGCGAGAGCGUGCGCAAAACGCAGAGCGACCUGGAGCACUACGAGCCGAUCUACGCGCGAUACCUGCGUGACGAGGCGCAAAGUGAGGUCGCAAAGGCUACAAGGAGUGGACGUGGGCUACCGUGAACGUUUCAAUCUACAUGCAAAUCCGGUCUCUGGAACGUUGUACUUUCAUCGCAUGUAUUUUUAAAUCCAUCGCAAACACUC